ACAGUAUGUGCGCUCAGAGUGCUGGUCAGUCGCAACAAAUCAAAUCGCAACAAUCGCUCAACUAACAGUCACCAUUCAAGCACUACCCGACUCACUCCUUCGACGUCUUCUUGUCAGUAGUAUUUUUGCCACAGCAACGUACGGACAGACAAUUUGAUUAUAUUGUGAUCAACUUGUUUGCUACAUUUGAACGUCAGUAUUCUUCACCUUAACCUACGGCAACACCUAGCCACUGUGACUGCGAAGCGCGUGAGAGCAUAAAACUCGUACUCCUCUACUACAACAAUAACAACAACACAAACUUCCAUCUCACUCAAGACUAGCUUUUGAAAGCUAUAGACACCCGACCGCAACCACAGUAAAACAAUAUGGGUAAUCCACUUUGGUUUAUCUUUUGGUUUUUAAUCUUCUGGUUCAUCUCAUUCUUUGUGGCUUUCUUCGCUGCGUUCUUAUACAUAAUAUGCUACGUGUUGGAAGUGCUGUUUAGUGGGUUAUCGGGUUUCAACAACUUAUUGUUGAAAGGCAUACAAUUCCCCCACUACUGCGCUGAAGGUAUGAAGGACUGCAAGUCACCGUUAUAAAUGUUGGUCUAAAGUAAAAUAGUACUUGUUUCUUUUGUUAUUCUUGUAUUGUUAGUGUAUAAAUACGUAUAAAUAUUUAAUCUUAACAAGUUAUAUUGGGGGAUGAAAUUGUAUUGUCCAAACCAUAUAUGAGGCCAUUUAGCGAUUUACAUUAAAUAUUUUUCUACUCAGUCUAAAAUAAUUUAUUGUAAUAAAAAAUGCGCUAAAAUAAAAAUAAA